CAGCAGCGGCACCAGCAGCAGCAGCAGCGGCGCAGCACCGUGCGCGGCUCUGUCUCACCCGGGCUCACUAACCUGUCGCGUCCCACACACAACCAAGGCGGAUACCUGCUGGACCCACAACUACCGACCUUUAUUUUGCUUCCGUGCGCCUCUUCUUCGGUGAUUUUGCUGUGUAUUGCCAGGGAAGGGAAGUCCGAGCAGCCAUGAGUGUCCAUCCCGCCGGCUCCUCCCACAGCCACGUGUGACCUCCCUGAUCCAGCAAACCAAAGAUGUCAGCGUGCAGUGACUUUGCAGAACACGUGUGGAAACCCGGCUCUUGUAAGAACUGCUUCCACCAGCUCAGCGCGCACAAGACGAAUAGCCACGGCAGCAGUCUUCCAGCAACCUGUCCGAAGAGUGGCGGCGGCGGAGGUGAUGAAGACGCUGGCGUGACGUCACCGUCCCCCUACAGUAAACCCACAAUCGCUGUGAAGCCCACCAUGAUGAGCCUUGACACAACAGAGUCUCUGACUGAUGUGAACCUGAAUAAAGAGCAGGAGAACACCAAGAGUCCCAUGGAGCGUCUUGGCUUCAAGAAGUUUCUGGACCUUUCGUCUCUUUACAUCAAUGGAAAUGGCUGCACCAAAGGCCACCGAGACCUACAGAGUCCAGAAUCCAAAAAAGACUUCAACAACUGCUUUUCCCCGACCACCUUGUCCCCCAAUCUCUCGCCCAAAGACUCAAAGAUCAUUAGCAAUAUCUUUGUCACCCAGGAGGAGGCAAGAUGCCCUCAGACCACCAAGAAGAACAGAGACCUGAAUUGUCGGCAGCAGAACACCAGCAACAUUUCUUCAACCAAAAGCACUUACGGUGGAGUCACCAACCGGGCCCAUUACCUUGAGAGCCGCCAGGCUUCAGUGGAGAGUUCCUGCUCUGAUAGCACUCCCUGCAGUCCAUCAAGGGUCUACAGAAAUGGUUGUAAAAGCCCCACAUCUCCUUUCAAAACCAGCACUUCCUCCAGUUCGCCCCCUCGUGUUGAAACCAGCCCUGGUUCUCAACCCUCCGCCCAGCCUUCUCUGGCCCUGUCUCCACAGUCCAGCCUGUCAGACUCAUCCUCUUACCAGAGCAGUACCGAUUCUCUACCCUUGGCUGAGAGCUCAGGGGGAAGACAAGGGAGCCCCAAAAGACCACCUGCACUGGCUACCUCACACUCUGCACCAACCUCUCCCAGUGCCCAAGACAAGGAGCCUAUUUAUGCCGAGAGCACAAAGAAGAAGUCCAAGCCAAACAAGCCCAAUUUAGCAUCACCAACACAAAUAAACAGCAAGGCUUCAGAGCUCGAGGUUUCAGGGGAGAGUCAGCGGGCCACCAUUACUGUCAUGGCCGCUCGCCUGGAGGAGAACAACAGGACGUUUUUUCUCAGUAGCCCUGAUUCUGGUGUUAGCACCCAGUGCCGCUUUAGCCCUCCGGCUGUCAAAGACCCAGCUAGUCCAGCCUUCCGCUGGCCUAACCCAAGCCUCAGCGCACCUUCUUUGACCACAGAAACAAGCCUCUCGCCCUCACUACACCCAAAACCCCAGUGCAGCCCGCCAAUUCCCCCAAAGAGGACAGUACGUUCCCCAAAACUGGGCACCUCCAGCCUCUCUGCAUCCUUCUCCUCUCCUGUCCCUCUACCUGAACUCCCCAAACUGAGCACCCCUGGCAUCUCAACUUCCUUAUCGUCUCCCGUCCCUCUACCGGAGCUCCCCAUGCUCUUCUUGGUCUCCGCCAAAGAAGGCCACUUCAAGGUCCAACCUGAGAACAACAACGCACCUUCCGACCGCUGGCACAAGACCCUCCACCACAAUUCCGCUUGGAACUGUCGCAUUGAGGAGGAAGAGGAGGAGGAGGAGCGGAAGGAAGGGGACAGGAAGACGCUGGUCACCAAUCCUUCAUCUCGAGUGGCAGGGCUGGUCAAUGGUGCCGCUGUCUGGAAGGAGUCCAGGGACGACAAGGCCCAAGCCAGCCCUCCUCCGGUGACAGAGCCAGGCACGGCCCCCCCUUCUGUUCCCAACAAUGGUGCCUGUCAGGAGGACACUGUGGGCACUAGGGCAGACGAGGAAGGCAGGCAGAACGUGAGCAUGCGGGCAAAGCAACCGUUGCAUGUGGGCUCCACUGAACUUCUGGCAGCAGGGAAUGGACACAACAACCAGGAGUCCACCCCACCUCCUCCCCCACCUAAGAAACUGCACAGGGUGUCAGGGAAGCUUAGUGGCAGUAACAUGGAGCUGGACCGCUGGAGUCAACAGGGGUCACUGGAGAGCUCCGCCUCAUCUCUGAAGGGUCUGGGCUGCGGCAGUCUGCCCUCCGCUUCCACCGACAGCCUCUCUGCAGAUGCUGGUUCUCGUGAUGCCACUCGCAUGUCCUGUUCCUCUCCGUUUCCCAAGAGUCCGGCAGGUUCCACCCCUGGAUCUCCUCAUCCUUCCACAUCCAGCAGUAACCAGCCGCCACCGCUGCCGGAAAAGAAGCUAGUGAACCGCACUGUGUCGGCGCCAGACAGCUGCGGCGGGAAGUCCUUCGCCCGGGCUUACCCCCGUCUCCCUUUCGCCGGGUCAGAGACAAACGUCUGCCAACCUGUGGAUGCCAACCCCAGGUCCAGUUUACCAUCCAGUCCGGUUGACCCUCGGCCUAUUUUCGCCUCCAACGAUUCCCUGGAGCGCUGUCACACUCCAGUGAGUCGACAGUCCCGAUCCCGCACUCUGGACGAGCCUUUCAAGGUCCAGGGGCGACUGGGUUUGCACUGCCGCAGCAGCCACGCUUCCUCCUCUUCCCCUCAACUCAGCACUCCGUUGUCAGCGCCUGAACCGGCUAAUCUGGGCUCCAGCCUGCAGCUCCAGACUCUCCUCAGCAACAUUGACAGUCGGGAGGGAGUCUACUCCAAACUGGGUGGACUGUACGCCGAGUCGCUGAGACGACUUGCUCUGAAAUGUGAGGAUCACUUCACCCGCACACAGAGGAACCCGCUGCGGUUCCAGGAGAGCAACUGGUCCCUCUUCCGGCUCACCUCCAACAAACCCAGCUGCAACAGUGGAGACGCUGUGUACUACUCCGCCGCCUGCGCCUCCGACCCGAGGAACUCCUACGCUGUCAAGAUCUGCAAGUGUGCGUCCACCGAGGCCAGGCAGGGUCACCUCUAUGGUCUGUCGGUGCAGCAGAGCAUCCCCCCCCACUUCAACCUCCAGCAGGAUUGCGGUCACUUCCUGGCCUGCGUGCCACAGAGCAUGUUGCCCUCGGACAAAGCCUCGCCGCCCUCCACCUCCGCUUCAGUGCCACCAGGCGUUUCCGCGGCCGGCCAGCAGGGGGAACGGGUGGUGGUCAUCACUCCUGAAAUCCCGCAGCAGACGGCGGCUGACUUCGCCCGGGAGUGGGAGGCGUUCCAUAAGAGUCAGCCGGAAGUGUACGAGCGACGGGUCUGCUUCCUGCUGCUGCAGUUGUGUAACGGCCUGGAGCACCUGAAGGAGCACGGCGUCACGCACCGCGACCUCUGCCUGGAGAACCUGCUGUUGGUGCCCCACAGCCGGCGCCCGCCCCAGCAAACCCCUGGAGACACGGAGUCCACGGACGUCCAGCGUCAACUUCCGCGCCUGCUCAUCAGCAACUUUGCCAAGUCCAAACGCCGAUCCGCGGAGGCGGUGGCGUCCACCGGGGUGGACCCCCGAUCCAAACGUGACCACGCCAGACUGGCCCCCGAGAUCGUCUCGGCGGCGCAGUAUCGCAAAUUUGACGAGUUCCAAACAGGAAUCCUCAUCUACGAGCUGCUGCAUCAAGCCAACCCAUUCGAAGUGAGCCCUGCUCUGAAGGAGCAGGACUACCGCUGCGAGGACUUGCCGCCCAUCCCUCCGGUCUCACUCUACUCCGCCGGGCUCCACAAGCUGGCGCAACUGCUGCUCCAGCCGGACCCCAUCAAGCGCAUCCACAUCCAGGAGGCCAAGCGCAUCCUGCAGAGUCUUCUCUGGGGUCCCAGGAAAGACCUGAUGGAGCAGCAGUACGAGGGCCGGGGGCCUGGCGGCCUGGUGGACGGCUCUCGCCACGAGAGUCUCCUCAACUGGCUGGAUGUGAAGCGGGCGCUGCUGAUGAUGAAGUUCGCAGAGCGCUCGCUGGAGCCAGAGAGGAACGCGGAGCUGGAGGACUGGUUGUGCUGCCAGUACUUUUCCUCCGCUAACCCUCUGUCGCUCUGCCACACCGCCGAGCUCCUCUACAUGCUCAAGUGACCGCUAGGUGGAGGAGGGACCCGUGCUGGCUUCCUGGACUGGCUCUUGUCACUCUGGAAGCUUUCAACCUCAUGGUUUUCUCAUGACCCGACAUCACAAAAGCUUCGUCCAGAUUCAAAGGUGCAAAUCAAUGAGACUGAGUUUGACCCGUCUCUGCCUGCAACAACUCUUCUGUAGGGAGUUUACCGACACACACGCUGUCCAGUUCUUCCCUCUUCAAGUGAAUGGCGGUCAAAGUAACCCUGUCAGCGAGAGGUGGGAGAAGGACUUCCACGUCCACUGCUCGCCCACUUCAGCGUCGUACUUCAUAAAGGACAAGGGAAGAGGAGAGGGGUUUCUCUCCAAACACUGUGAAACAAGACGAACAGUAUUCCAUUAGCACAGUUGCCAAAGUUUGUGUUGAGAAUAUGACUGACGUGCUAGUUGUGUCUCGUAUCAUUGUGCAGCUUUAUUGAACACACACAGUCCAGUGAGAGCUCAUAAACCCACACUUGAGUCCACCCCCCUCCACCCCUGACCCCAUCCCACCCUGUCUGUCUGUACCUUUACGAACUGACUGACUUUAGUGCCUUUUGUUUUGUCUCUUUGUACGUGACAGUAAAGCUGUAAAUAUGAGUCCUCACUCGUCCCUUCUGUUGAAACUGGCCUUUCACAGAACGUCGUCAACUUUGUACAGCAAAUUUUGUAAAUGUUACGCUGCGUCAGAAUGAGCCCAAGCAGGUCUUAAAAAGAAGCCAUGAGCGGCGAAGUCUAUAUAAAUAUAUUUAUGAUUGUUAACCUGUAGCAGCCACUGGAAUGACUCUGUUCAUGUGUGAUCGAGAUACUUUGUUUUACAGCCGCGACCCGGCACAGAAACAGCUCCUGUUUAUGGUGUGUUGUUUUUUUUGACGGGGAAACAAAAGUCCACUCUCACGACUGAAGUCUUAUUUUGUGGCGGCUGUCAAUAAACUGC